AUGACAAACCGUAAGCGGGACAGGACGCCUGAAGACCGGGACCCACACCCCUCUCGUCCUCCUAACCGCUCGCGUUCAUCCCCACCUUUUGCAACCCUACCGAUUCAACAGCCACCUUUACGCCCACCCACAGCAGCAUGUGCAGCCUUUGCACGUCGUUUCAUUCAAGGCGACUGGCUUUCUCUCUUCAACGAAGCUGUCGCUGCUGCCGUUCCAGCGUCUCGACCGCACAGUGUCUCAUCCGCCCGGUCCACAGCCACGUUCGCCCGACUGAACCGAGCCAAACGAUUCGCGCAUUGCGGGGACUGGUCGCGUUCCCUUGCCGCUUUAGAAGCUGGCGAGCUUGCCCCACCGACCCCUGAAACUGUUACUGCGCUUAAGGCCAAGCACCCUCCUACUACUGAAAAACUUCCAGACUGGCUGUCCGACUUCUCGCCUUCGGAAGUGCCUCAGCUCACCAUUCCACUUCUUCAUCAGGCCUUGCGUUCAGCCCCACGAGGCACAGCUGCUGGCCCUUCGGGGUGGCUUAUCGAGCAUCUUCGCGACACCUUCCUCUCGUACCAGACUCAUCUGCCGCAUCUUCUCCGCCUGUUCCACAAUUGGCUGCAAGGCGACCUCCCGCAAACAGUUCGACCUUACUUCACCGCAUCUAAUCUUGUUGCCCUCCAGAAGCCGCAUGGAGGGGUCCGCCCCAUCGCCAUCGGCGAGAUACUGCCGCGCCUGCUGUCCCGUUGCGUUACUCUUCACUUCAAGCAGCAGAUCCGGGACUUCUUCCUUCCCUCCCUACAAUUUGGGGUCGCUGUCUCCGCAGGGAUCGAGGUUAUGGCCCAUGCAGUCCAGUCGGCCCUCUCCCUCCACCCAGAGUGGGUUGUGCUGGAACUGGAUGUUGCCAACGCCUUCAACUCCUUCAGCCGUUCCGCUAUGUUCAACGCCCUGCGAGACUCCCCAUUCUCCAGCCUCAUCCCUUUCUUCCGCCUCUUCUAUGCCUCCCCCUCUUCUCUCCAUUACCGCAGCGGCCCAUUAAUCGAGACACUGCAGUCAUCAUCGGGUGUUCGACAGGGUGACCCAUGCGGGCCUUUCUUGUUCGCCCUCACCCAGCACCUAGCCAUUCGCCCCAUCCAGCGUCAAUCUCCAGCUCUUUUCAUCUCCUCCUACGCAGACGACACGUACAUGGUCGGUCCUGCGCAUGACGUGUUUCCUGCCUACACAGCGCUUACAGCCCGUCUCAAUGACCUGGGCCUGAGGGUGCAACCAUCAAAAUGCUCCCUCUGGGCCCCUUUGGACCUCCCUUCGGACCUCACACCUCCAUCAGACAUCAUCAUUGCCCCUAACGGUCUCACGGUUGCAGGAGUGCCUAUCGGAUCGGACACCCACAUUAUCUCCACAGUUCGAGACAAACUGCACUCUUUCUCUUCAUCACUGCCUCUCCUACAUGACCUUCAUGAUCCACAGACUGCCUCCCGCCUCCUUACUCUCUGCAUUUCCGCCCGUCCCUCAUUCCUCCUCCGCACAGUUGCACCAUUUCCCGAGGUAGAAGAGCUUUACACUGACUGGGACAACACCUUGCUGGACCACUUUGUUCGCCUCAUCGGCUCUGACUACUGGCCUCCUGCGUUUGACCACACUGCCACAGCACACCGACAGCCAUUCCUUCCCAUUCGCCUCGGUGGGUUCGGCCUCCGUUCUUCAGCUGCAACUGCUUCUCUCAGUUACCUAUGCAGCUGGGCACAGACAGUUUCACUCCUCUCGUCAUGCUUCACCAUUCAUGGCUCCCCUAUUUUCCGUCCCUUCAUCGCUUCAGACACCAUGGACCGCCUUGACCCAUGCAUUCCCACAGCCAUGUCCAAACUUCAUCCUUCCAUUCGGCAGCACUUCCCUACCUGGCCCGCACUUCACGCUGGCUAUCCACAGAAGCUAUAUUCCUACCUUUCACAGCACUUGGAGGCUGUCAUGCUCGAGCGCGUGCGAUCCACAACCCUUCAGUCGUCUCUCACGUCCUCCGCUGCCCAUCCUCUAACGAGCCUACCAGGGUCCAUGACGCCAUCAAGCAUGAGGGACGUCGCAGUCCAGCAGCGUGGCGACAAAGGCGACGUCGCAGUCCAGCAGCGUGGCGACAAAGGCGACGUCGCCAAGUCCGAGGCGCGAGCUCUUUUGCCGCUGCUUCCUGGAGGACUCACAGUUGUCGGGGUUGCGGUGAGAGGGGAGUUAACCCUGGAAAAUCAGGCGCUUAUAAAGGAGCAGAUCACCGAAUUUCGGCGAAUCUUUCACGACGUGGCAUUGGCGCGCCGGCCGUUCAUUGUGACGUGGAAAUCUGACGCGUCGGGUGAAAUCCCUCCGAGGAUAUCUCUAAUGGCGGGAGUUGAGUUGAGAAAAAGUGACGUGGCACCUGCUGAUUGGUGGGGACAGGAUAUCACAGACGAUGAGGAACAGGAGCGGAUAGGGAUGGAGAGUGAGGGAGAAGAGGAGGGAAGGAGAGACGACAAGCUACAAGAAGAGAGUGAAGCUGAUGUGGCAUGGGAGCUUAAAGCGGAAGAGGAGAGUGAGAAUGCUGAGGUGGAGGUAGAGGUGGUGACGGGUCAAGGGGGUAAUGGAAAUGGUGGUGCUAGUGCAGCUUGUGGUGCUAGUGGUGCGAGUGGUGCUACAGGGAAGGAGAAUAAUCAGCUGGAGGAGGAGUUUUGGGCGGCGCACUGUCCGCUGGUGUGUGACGUGGCAGCCACCCUGCCACUGUUCACCCACGACAAGCAAACCUUAUCAUCGUCAAUAUCCGCAUCUCUCUCUGCCAUCCAAGCCGACGUCAUCAGCCCUCACGCCCUCUGGUUGCUGCACCCAUCACAACCGCCUUCCACUGCCACGUCAGCAGCUGCCAGCUCAGCAUCAGCUGCUAGCACUGCUGCAGGAGCCCUGCGUCCGAUCCUGAUUGGCUCUCUGCCGAACGGAAGAACCUCAGCAGCCAAUGGCAGCAUGACACGUGGCAAAGAUGGUGGGGGGACCUCAGAGGGGAUGGUGUGUGGUGAUCUGCUGACGUCAGCAGAAGGGGGAGGUGGAAAGGGGGGAGGAGGAGGAGACGGGGGAGGAAAAGGGGGAGGUGCGAGAGGGAAAGGGGGAAAAGGGGUCGCUGGUGGUGGGGGAGGAGGGGGAGGAAGAGGAGAGACGCUAGCUUCGAAAAGACUGGCAUCAACCACACGUGUCUCUCUGCUGCUCAACCUAUCGCCACCUGCCACGUCAGCAUCUGCGGGGCAGAACAGUGCACCUCUUGGCCUCAGCUACACCCCGGCCGCCCCCAGCAUCCACCUGCACCAGAUAAGACUUCUUCACCUGACUUGUCUUAGAUAUUUGAGAUGUCUCAAAAGUCUCUCUCCCCACUCCCCGUCCUCCCCAGCCGCCCCCAGCAUCCACCUGCACCAGAUAAGCCUGUCCCUGAGCACCCUCGUCUUCGCCCCUCAGCAGCUGUCUCUCCGGGCGGCGCCAUUUCCCCCUUCCCCUCUCCCUGCUCCUCCUCACCUCAUCCAAACCCCCCCUCUGCCCCUGACUUACCUUUCCCCACUCUCCUGCGUCCGUGCCCUUCUCCUCCCUCGCUCCCUCUCAUCAUGCGUUUGCCCCCCCUGCCCCACCCACAUCCUUCAGUUCGGAGCAUACCACUUCCUGCUGCCGCCCUGCCCACACCCUCUCACUGUCACCUACCCUCUCACGUACGGGGAGGGGCAGCAGAGCCUGGGUGAGUGGAGGACAGCAGAGCGUGGUGGACAUGCGUAUGACCCUGCACCACCGCCUGGGCCUGCCCCUCGACCGCCCCAGGCUGUGCUUUGCCUCGUCCCUCUCUCUCCCCCACACAAAUACACUUCCCACACCCCAUACUCCGCACCACCUUCCCCAACCGCAGUGGACAUGCGCAUGACACUGCACCACCGCCUGGGCCUGCCCCUCGACCGCCCCAUGCUGCGCAUUGCCUCUUCUCUCGCCCUCGCUACCCACACUGCCGCACCGGACGCCACCCAAGCAUCCUCAAAAGGUGGGUACCCGUCCGUUUCUUGUUUUGCCAUGCCGUGCCUGGUCAUGCCAUCUCGUCUCUCUCCCUCGCUAACCCACACUGCGGCACCGGACGCCACCCAUGCAUCCUCAAAAGGUCUGCGUCUCUGGGAUGUGCACGUGGGCCUUCCUCGUCUGCCACAUUCCGCAGGGUCUAAACAGUACCUAGUGCAGGGCUCAUACGAGUAUUACCACUACAUGCAAGGCAGGAUCGAUGACAGCUCUUCUUUGCUUCACCUCUGCUUAAUCCCUGGCUUUCUGCGUGCUGCCGUACAGGGGUGGGGCUGCGCCUAUCGCUCUCUGCAGACCAUCGUAUCGUGGUUCCGCAUUCAGCAAUACACAUCACUACCCGUGCCAACCCACAGGUGCAUUCAGGAGGCGCUGGUGGAAAUAGGGGACAAGGACGCGGCGUUUGUGGGGUCUAGCCAGUGGAUCGGCGCCAUCGAGCUCAGCUUCAUUCUCGACCACCUGCUGGGGGUCACAUGUAAAGUCCUCACAGUCCCAUCCGGAGCAGAUAUGCCCUCUAAUGGCCGGCAACUAGCCCACCAUUUUUCCACGCAAGGCACCCCGGUAAUGAUAGGAGGCGGGGUUCUCGCAUACACUCUAUUAGGUGUAGACUAUGACGAGGCGACGGGGGAGUGCGCAUUUCUGAUUCUCGACCCGCAUUAUACCGGCGGGGAGGAUUUGAAGGCGAUAAGGAGUGGUGGAUGGGUUGCUUGGCGAAAGGCCAAGACGGACGGUGGGGCCGAUUUUUUCGUCCGCGAUGCUUUUUACAAUCUGUUGCUACCACAGCGGCCGGCUACAGUAUGA